AGGAGGUGACAAUGGCGAGCGAGCGGCUGCGCAGCGCCCAGGACCUGCUGGACCUCACCUUCCAGUCGCUGGCCAUGCAGCACAUGGACCUCAAGCAGGUGGAGCUGGACACGGCCGUGGCCAAAGUGGACGAGCUGUCCCGGCAGCUCGAGUCGCUCUGGACGGACGGGCCGGGACCCCCCCCCAAAGAGCAGAGCAGCCCCGGCAGGAGCCGCCCGGCCCGGCGCGGCUUCGGUGACCCCCUGGAUUUGGGGGGGGGUCUCGGGGACCCCCUGGGCCGCCCCAGCUCGCCGAGACCCCCUCCCCAUUUCCUGGGGGGGGACGAACGAGCCCCCUCCCCCCGGCCCAAGGUGCUGGCGGUGCCCGGCUCGGGGGGGGGGGUCUCGGGCAGAGCCCCCUCCCCACGGCCCCCGCGGGGGGGGGAGGGGGCGGGGGGCGCCUUCCUGGGGGAGAGACCCCCGAACCCCCCCCCGUACGAGGUGCAGGGGCUGUACCCGAGCCUGAGCCUGAGCCUGAGCGGGGCCGGCGCCGCCUUCCGGGCACUGGACGACCUGGGCAUCAAGCGGCGCCCGCAGAAAAGUUGGAACGAGUCCGACCUGGACGUGGCCUACGAGAAAAAAGCGCCCGGCUCGGGGGGCUUCGAGCGGACCCCCCGAGGGGCCAAACGCGACCCCCGCUGGGGCUGUGGCGAGAAUCCAGCCUGGACGGAACCAAAGCCGCCCCUCACCCCCGGACCCCCCCGAACCCGAGGCCGAACUGGAGCGGCUCCUGCGCAUCUCGGACCCCGAGUCCCCCCCGGAGGGACCCCCGGAGGGACCCCCGGAGGGACCCCCGAGCCGAGCCCGGCGCGGCCGCUCAGCCCCACGCGGCUGCAGCCGCUGCUGCCGCCCGAGGCGCGCAGGGUGCCCGAGUUCCAGGAGGUGGCCCGGGUGCUGGCCGAGAUGCCGCGGCCGCUGAAGCGCCGGGGCUCGAUGGAGCAGAGCCCCGGGCCCGCCGCGGUGCCGUCCCGGAGCCGCCAGUACCGGCAGCUCAUCACCCGCCUGCUGCACCGCGCGGGGACACCGGGGGACACGGCUGAGGUGGCACUGUCGCCGUCGGUGGCGUUGUCGCCUCCUCCUGCCGUGGAGAGCGCGCCCGUGGUGGCGCCGGUGGCGGGGCAGGGGUCGACCCCCGAGGUGCCCUUGUCCCUUAGACUGCGCUCCGCCCUGCGGGACCCCUCGUGUCCGCGGCGCCGCCCCGGGGCGCGGGUCCGGCUGAACCCGCUGGUGCUGCUGCUGGACGCGGCCCUGACCGGCGAGCUCGACGUGGUGCAGCAGGCGGUGGCCGAGCUGAACGACCCGAGCCAGCCCAACGACGAGGGCAUCACGGCGCUGCACAACGCCAUCUGCGGCGCCAACUACGCCAUCGUGGAUUUCCUGAUCGCCAGCGGCGCCAACGGACAGGGCCCUGACAGCCACGGAUGGACCCCCCUGCACUGCGCGGCCUCGUGCAAUGACACCGCCGUGUGCGUGGCCCUGGUCCGGCACGGCGCCGCGAUCUUCGCCACCACGGGCAGCGACGGCAGCCUGGCCGUGGAGAAAUGCGACCCCGUACCGGGAGGGGUCAGCGACUGCUCCAGUUACCUCACUGAGGUGGAGCAGGGCAUGGGGGUGCUGAACAGCGGCGUGGUGUACGCGCUCUGGGAUUACAGCGCCGAGUUCGGGGACGAGCUCUCGUUCCGCGAGGGGGAGCCGGUGACCGUCCUGCGCCGCGAGCCCCCCGAGGAGCUCGACUGGUGGUGGGUCCUCUACGGCCACGAGGGAUACGUGCCCAGGAACUACUUUGGGCUCUUCCCGAGGGUGCGGCCCACAGAGGAAGAAAAUCUGAGGGGGGGGCUCCUGGACCCCUCCCACGCUCAGGGGGUUCCUGAGCACCACACGAUGACCGAGACUGGGAGGGGUCUGAGAGGAUUUGGGAUGAUCCUGGAGUUUCUGGAAGGUUCUGGAGGGUUCUGA